GCGGCAUCUCUCUCCUUCCAGCUGUAUGUAGGAACCGGAUCGAGCGACAACACACACCGACAGAAAUGUCUCCGUUUUUAACGGUACUUUCGGUAUAAACGGAUCAGAGCGGCGGAGCCUGGUAGACCGGUAACCGAGGCAACGGUGCAUGCCGCUCGCGGCGCGGAUUUCUGCCCCGGAGGAGGAGAAAAACCCCGGAUGAGAAGCGACCCGGGGGAGUCUUCUUCUUCUAUAGCUCAGGUGAUGGCGCCCACGCGGAUGAAACUACGAGUCCGUCGGCGCGGCAACGCGGCCACCGCCGCCGCCAGCGACGACGCCGGCCAGCCGGAGGAGGAAGAAGAAGAAGAAGAAGAAGAAGAGGAGGACGAGCAGCGGCGAAGACGACAGGGCACCACUCGCACCAGCCGCAGGAAAAACACCACCAGCACCACCUCGGCUACUCCCGCCGCCGCCGCUGCUCCCGCCGCGUCCUCGUCUCCGCCGCCGGCGCCGGCGGAGGACGCGUCCCCGGACUCGAAGUGCCCGAUCUGCCUGGACCGGUUCUCCAACGUGGCGUACCUGGACCGCUGCCUGCACCGGUUCUGCUUCCCGUGCGUGCAGGAGUGGUCUCGCAGCAAGCCCGAGUGCCCGCUGUGCAAGCAGCCCUUCGCCUCCAUCCUGCACUCCGUGGUCGCCGCCGACGACUUCAAGGAGUACACGCUGAGGAGGCCGCCGCCGCCGCCGCCGCCCGUCGACGGUGGCGGCGGCGGCGGCGACGGCGUGGCCACGAUCGCCAUGGUGGCGGCCAUGGCGUCGGCGGCGCGCAGCGAUCACCAGAUGAGGCUGAUGCUGCGGAGGCACCGCGGGGGAGGAGAGGCGGGCGUGGUUGCCGGGGGCGUGGUUGCCGGGGGCGUUGCCACGCGGCGGCAGCGGCGACACCGGAGGGAGAGGAGGGGGGGCGUGUGGGAGUCGUACCUGGACCCCCCCCCGCCGGGGCCACCGGGGCCUCGCCAUCAGCUCGCCGUCUCGGACCGGGAGGAUGGAGACGAUCUGGAGGAGGAGAGGACCAGCCCGAGGCCUCGGGGACCCGACCUGACGGAGCGUGGCGUGAUCUUCGAGGGUCUGACGGGACUCGGCGGCGCCGUGGCGCCCGUCGCCACCGGCGACCGCGCGGCGCGGCGCCUAGCGACCCGUCUGGCUACGCGCCGGCGGCUGCAGCGGGAGGGCGGCGCCGUGCGGGCGCUGCGCGAGCGCGAGACGCUGGCACUCCGCCGCGCGCUCUACCGCAGCGGCGUGCGCGUCCGCGGCGUUGCCGGCGACAACGGGCAGCAGCCGCAGCGUGACAUCACGGCCGAGAGCUUCCGCAGGAACCCGUCCCAGCUCCACAGGCUCCGCCCCUGGCUGGGCCGCGAGCUCACCGUGCUGUACGGCGCCCACGCCAUGCUGGUGGACAUCGUGCAGCGCAUCAUCACGGCGCGGCUGGCUCGCCACGGCCUGGAGGACACGCCCACCAUAGAAGAAGAGCUGCGCCCGUUCCUGCUGGCGCGCACGGACCACUUCCUGCACGAGCUGGUGAGCUUCGCCCGCUCGCCGCUCAGCCUGGAGAGCUACGACCUGCAGGCCGUGUACGAGCCGCCGGACGCCGGCGGCGGUGUUGCCGUGACGCUGGACGCCAGCGACGUCUCCGACGGCAGCUCCGUCAUCGCCAUCUCCGAGGGCGACGACGACGAGGAGCGCCGCAGCGCUCAGGAGGACGUGAUGCAGACAGGAAGUUGCCUCAGCCUGGCGGCGUGGGACGACGAGACCCCCGGCCCGUCCUACACCACCGCCGGCGUGGACCCCGCCUGCCCGCUGGUCGCCAUGGCCACCGAGGACGAGUGUCUGAUCGUCGGCUACAAGAAGCCGAUCGCCGAGCGGACGCCGGAGCUCGUUCAGCUUUCCUCCGACAGCGAAGAGGAGGAAGAGGAGGAGGAGGAGGAGAAGAAGACGAAGGAGGAGAAACUUCCUCCGCUCGCCUUCCUACCCACAAUCCCUCCCUGCACGUCCCGCGCCUGCAGCUCCAGCUGCCGGGAGGAUCCUCCCCCGGAGAGUACCGAUGGCGGCGGCGGCGAGCAGCGUCUGUCCGUGAGCUCGGGGGCCGACAGCGAGACGCCGCGGGGCCGCCGAGACGCGACGAAGAAGAAGAAGAGGAGGAAGAAGAAGAAGAAGAAGAAGAGGGGGAGAGAGAGGAAGAGCGGCACGCUGUCCAACCCUAACCGCUCCAUCUUUCCCGCCAUGAUACAGCGCGGUCGCCGGGGGCAACGGCGCUCGCCGUGCCUCUCCGGCGGCGGCGGCGGCUCGUCUCCAGACUCCAGCUGGGAGCUCUCUCCUCUCUCGUCCUGCGUCUCCUCUUCUUCAUCUUCCUCCUCUCCCUCCUCUUCUUCCUCCUCUCCCUCCUCUUCGUCGUCCUCGCCGCCGCCGGCGCCAUCAUUGUCGCCCGGCAACUAUCACCACGGGGGGGAGAAGCCCGGAGGAAAGAGGAAGUACAAGAGCCGCCACCUGGACAGCGUGGCCGACGACCCCACCUGGAGGCCGAGCAGGAAGAGCAGCAGGAAGCGGCCGAGCCGAGCCGAGCGGAGUCCCAGCGUGGAGAUCGUCUACGAGGGAACCAUCGCCGGGAACGCCGCGUCAUCGCCGCCCGCCGCCAAGCGCCGCAGGAAGCCGCGCCGCCACGCACGCCUCAGCAGCUCUCCGGUGAUCAUCACACUCGACAGCGACAGUAGCCAUGACGACGACAACGAUCCCCCCAGCGGCGGCGGCAGCGCCAGCAGCAGUCCUCUCAGCAGCCAGCAGACCGUCGACUUCUCCGACCUCCGUCCGCCGCCACGGCUUCCCGUCCACAUCCUGGACCGCGAGUCAGACGGCGACCACGGCAACCACGGCAACCACGGCAGCGACGUGGACGUGGAGAACGGCAGCUCGCCGCCAGGAUCGCACGGCGACGACGGCGAUAAAGACACGAAGGCAACAGAUCAGAGAGACGUCGCCGCGACGACGACGACAGCACCGAGUCCGGUUCUCGGUAAAGACCCGGACGUGCCGAACGCCGACAGCCGUCUCCUAGCAACCAUCCUGGACGACCUGGAGUGGACCGCCGCGGCGAGACGCGAAGACGCUCCGUUCAUCAACUCGGAGCCGCGGACUUCAAACCGGGAAACGAACUGGCUCGACGACGAUCGCCGCCCGCCGCGUCUGGAGCGCCCGAAUGAGUGCCGUGGCGGCGCCGGCGGCGAGGACGUCCCGCCGCGGCCGUACGACCGCAACACGCUGCCGCCGCUAAAGCACAAAGACUCCGUCCGUCCGAUCUCGUCUCCUUCGUCUCCCUUCGCGUCGCACCUCGCCGUCAGUUCUCACGCCACCGAGCUGCGUUCGCCGCGUGGCGGUGGCGUUAGCGCCGAGCUAACGGCGGCUCCAGCGGUCGGCGCCCGAUUAGCAUGUGGCGUCCCCGAAAAGGGACGAGUCGCCGCCGGCUUCUUCUGCUCUGCCGACCUGCGCGACGAGGAGAGCCGGGGGAUCCCUCCUCUCGUCUCCAUUCCUACUUUCUCAACGCUGAAGAGACCUUUCGCUUUGGCGGCGAGAGGAGAGCCCGGCGGCGGCGCUGGCGGCGAAGGCGGCGGCGCCGGCGGGCUCUCGGCCAACGACGCGCAUUCCCGCGCUCGCUUCGCCCCCGUCAACUCCCGACUCGCGCAUCGAGCGCCCGGGAAAGUAGUUCCUGACGUCGAUUUCUUCUCGCGUCUGGCGCUCGAUUCGUCAAAGAAAGAGGAACCAUCUUCGUCAUCGUCGUUCGGUUCUUCGUCGCCCGUCGGUUUACGCUCGGCGGGGACGGGCGCCGAAUCCGACGACGCCGACGUGCGUUCUUCCGGCUCGGUCGACGACAGACGCUUGGAAAGUAGUCCCGGUUUCCUCUCGCGUCCGGAGAAAGAAGACGAAGAACUCUCUUCUGCCGCCGCGGGACGCGGGAAUCGAACUCUCGACUCCCUUCGGCUCGAGACUACCGGGAGCGUUUCCUCCGAGACUACGUCGGCGGACGUUGGCGCCGACGUAGUCUCGGGCGUUUACCUGAACCGCGUUCCCUCCGUAGAUCCCUCCGCUUCCCGCGCAGAAAGGUUUUCUCUCUCGGAGACGGAAGCCUCUCUGAAGCUGCCCUUCAUCGUGACGCCGCGGCGCCGCGACGCCGACGUACGUUUGAACCACGCGUCGGAGUCUCCCGGGGAAUCGGACUCGCGUCUCCCCGGCCUCGCCGACUCGCGUCUGAAACACGAGAACCACGUCGUCGCCACCGUCGACCCCGGACCCGGCUGGCGGCCGAAAGACCCUCGGGGAGACAAUCAUGAGAGCCGGAGGGACUCAAGCUUCUUCCUCUUCCUUCUCUCCUCUCGUCCUCCGGAGAAGAGAAACUCGGAGAGAUAA